AAAAAAAGAAACACCCAUGGCUCUGUUUUCUAGCUUCUCAGUUUCCGCGUUUCUCAUGAUCCUUGUGUCCGUUCAAUGGACUCUUGUUUGCAGUGAAUCCACAAUCUCAGCUUCUCCUGCUGUUUUACCGUAUAUCAAUGCACCAGAUAUGUCUUCGUUUUUCCCUUCUCCGACCAAAGACUGGCCAGUCGAUACAGCGACCUCUCCUGUUUCAGAACCAGACGCGCCUGGUCCAAGCUCAGGCCGGCUUAAUGGGAAGAUUGCAGGCAGCUCAAUGAGGCUCCGUCCUGAUAUUUUGUUGGUUCUGGUCAUUGUUGGGAUCUGUAGUUUCCUAUGUGCUGACUUAUCAAUGCUUGUUAGGUUUCUUCAUAAUUAAUGUACGUGUAAAUCUUGAUUGUGCUUGCUUCCGAGUCUUUUUUGUUUUUAAUCUCAUGAACUUCAACAUAUAUACUACGUUGUUACUGUUAUACGUAA